GGAUCACCUCUCGUCGGACCCGUACAUAUAUGUAACCCGUUACCCGGAAGUGGCGGUCGGUACACCUUGUGUGUAAAAGCUACCCCAGAUCUCACACUUUCAACCAGUUCAACCGGUCAUCCACACCUCGACAGAAUCAUGGGAAGAAUACAGCUAGUAACGGCGUGCUGCCUGGUACUGAUGGCGAUCAGCCAGAGUGUGGUCAACGCACAAGUAUUCCCACAACAAGGCGGCAUGAAUGGUCAAUUAAACAACGGAUUUAACCAAAACAUGGCCGGAUUUGGUAACAAUUUCCAGCAAAACCCAGCCUUAAGGAACCAAAUGGGAAUGAACACGAUGAAUAAUGGAUUCAACAAUGGCUUCAACAACGGGUUUAACAACCAGUUCGGCGGUAUCGGUAUGUCCGGGGGUGGCUUCAAUCGAGGAGGAAUGAACGGACAGGUGACCGUGCCCUUCCUUGGUAGUGGAGGCGCAGGAGGCUUCAACAACGGCUUCAACUCUUUCAACAAUGGUUUUAACAACGGAUUUGGCAAUAACCAGUUCGCCGGAGGGUUUUCUCCGUCGACAUUUGGAGGCCCGUUCGGAAAUACUGGGAUGAACAACGGAAUGAACAAUCGAAUGGGAAUGGGUGGCCAGUUUGGACAAUUUGGAAAUCGACCCCAGAUGGGAUAGGGAAUGGAUGCCUUUCCUAUGAUUCGUUUUGCCAAAUACGAACUGCCAUUUAUACAUAGGGUGUAUAAUACCAAUGUUGAUACAUGUCAUUUAGACAUAAAGCUAAAAAUAGUAAUUUGAGCGUGUUGAUUAUAAAAGUUUACCAAAAUUUAACAAUAUACAGUUACAUGUAUAUCAUUGGUUUAAUUCUAAUUCAGGUACAGAACCAUGUUAAAAAAACAACGAUCUUUUAUAUGACUACAAAAUUUAUUUCCGUCUUGACUAUUAUGUCCUGAUAAUUGUAAAUAUGGGGAAAUUUGAUCACAAAUCCUGUUCUUUUAUCUUACCUCUGCGUAUAGAUUUCCAAUUAUAUUUGUACAAAUAGAUGUUUUAAUGAUCUUAUAUUUUGAUGAUAUUUGCCAAAUAUGUAUGUAUUAAAUGAUAAUUAUUUAUUCUACCUUAUCACACUAAAUUUCACUACUCAUUAGUUCUCUGAAUGUCUUGAAAAAAAUAACGCCACCAAUUCCAAAACCCGAACAAACACCAUGGGGUAUCUCAUGAUCAACGUACGUUUAUUACUGUUGUAAUUAUAUGUAUAUUACAUGUGCUACAUGCUCAUGAUGAUGUUUUCCUGUUUAACAUCAACUAUUAUGUUUAUUUAUUAAGUUGAGCGACAUAAUCUAUAUUCAAUGUGAAGCUGACUAGCAUAACUCUCUUUUAUCAUUUCGGAACAUCUGAUUUUAUUCCACUUGUACUUUUUCAUAAGGCUCCAUGAAAAUCUCUGUAUGUGCAUGUUUUGUCGCCGUUCUACCGAUCAUGAGUUAGAAUUAUGGUUUCGUUAUCGUGUUAGUAUUCGUUUGAUUGUGUAGUUAACAUUGUCACAUUUUGAUUAAAUUAAUAAUAGAAAGAGACACAAAUUGUAGCAUACAGAAACUAUUCUAAAUUUGACUAAAAUGCUAAAAUCUUGGAUUUCCUAUAAAUGCAAUGUAAAUUCACGCUUUGAGAGAAUUGGUACUUGGCACGUAACGUAAGACAGGCAUGUUCAUUAAUCUGUUAUCACCAAUGAAGGUAUAAAAAUGAGAAUCCUUCACGUGCGCGAGGAUAACAAUAUGAAAUCUGCAUAAUAGAAUUAGCCUUUAAAUUUACGGGAUUUGAAAUAAGAAUAGGCGUAAUUUAGUAUUGAGUAAUUAGGUAAUCAUUGAUAGAUAUCUAUUGUGAAAUUAUACUGUUAGGUCACUUCUGUAUUAUGUAUUACGUGAGAUAGCAUUUCAAUUGUACGAAUUAACGUUAGUAAUUGAUAAAAAUAAUAAUAGUGUAGCAUUAGAGACAAUGGAUAAUAUAUUCUGAUUGAGAAGGACUUCUGUAGGAAUGGCAUACUACUAGAUGCUAACAAUAGUUUUAAAAACACAAUCAAUUGAAUCAGUUAAAUUAUAUUUUCAGUAUUUUCAUAUUAAAUUGGAUAUGUUUCAUAUUUGUAAUUCAGUAUACGGCCUAUUAUUUUAUAUAAACACUUCUUGAUUGUACGGAUAACAAAAUUUUAAGUUUUCAAUCAAUACUACGACUAGAAAAAUAUAAUUAUAUAUAGUUAUGUAUAUUUCUACGCUCGAUGAAAUACUUCUUUUAGAAACAAAAUGUACAGAAUGUAAUCAACCUUUACUUGGAGUAGGCGUACAGUGUCGAUAUGUUCAAAAUAACUACAAAUACAUCCAUGCAGUGCAUUAUUUUGAUAGUAUCCAUUAUGAGAUAUUCUAUGUAAAUAUAAUGUUUUAUAAUAAAACUAUUUAUGUUCAG